AUUGAUUGUUGAAUAUGCUAGAGGAGAACGUAGACGUCGUGAUCAUCGCGAUCGCGGCAGCCGAUUUGCACCUCCUCAACGAAAUCCUCAAUACCGUUUGAUUGUGGAAAAUUUGUCGUCAAGUUGUAGCUGGCAGCUCUCCUUUUCCCUAUGGUUGCUUGAUGUGGCCUUUGGAUUCUGUCUACCAUUUCGUUUAAUGGCUACUCUUUUGAAAAUCUGUUUGGAUUAUAUAUUUCUAUACAUUCCUCAAAAAGUCUCAAAUG